CGUCUGGGCUGCAGCAGAAUGAAGGUUUCAAAGCAGCUGUAAUUGUCUGUAAGGGGAUUAUCUGUCCGGAGAUUUUCAUUUAGUUAUACACUCGCAAUCCACUUCCAUCAAGUUCAAAGCAACGGGCAAACUCAAGUCAACUUUCACUUCAAAUCAAUCCUCAACUUCUCGAGUAGUACCCAACCAGCCAUAUGGCGAGCACCGACAAUACCAAUCCUGGCAAUUUCGCCAACCGCCCGAAGGAGGAAGUUCGUGAAAUUGCUGCUAAGGGUGGUCAUGCUAGCCACGGUGGGACUACUGCUAGUUCUACAGGUACCGCUGGCGAUAACUUCAAUGCUGGUGACGUCUCCAAUGAAGGGCGCGACUCAGACGGCGCGUUUACAAAGGGCAGCGAGGCUGCGAAAGAAGCUGGUGUGAAGGGUGGAUCUAAGUGAAAAUGUAUUUAACGACGGCUAUGGCUGAUGGAUGAGAUGGGAGCAAUCGGCUCUCUUUCAGGCUUUGCAAUAUCUAAGAAGGCUUGAGGGCAGUUGAGUACUAACGCAGUUCCUAUAAUGAAAACGCCAUCAUGAUCUUG